GACAGAUAGUUUUAGAUUUGUUUACGUUGUUUGUUACAAAUGUUGAUGGUUGUUGCAAAGUUUUUGUGUUUUUAAUAUUAUUUCAAAAUGGAUGUUGAUAACGAAGUAGAUAUAUCUAUAUCACAAUUACAAAUUACUGCAUCUGACGACACUAUUACAGAAGUAAAUGAAUUAAAUAAAUCUUCACCAGAAACAACAGAACCAUCUCGACGUUCUGGUCGUGUAAAAAUAAGACCAAUGAAACAUGAUAAAAGGAGAGUUAAGUGCAACCCAAAGAGACUCAGUGAGGACAAGGCAAUAAUAAAUUAUUACUUAGAUAAGAAAAUCAAAGGAACUACUAAUUUAGAAACAAUUUUUGAAGACCCUGCAUCCCCCCAUAUAAUGAGCAGGAGAAAAUAUUCAAGAACUAUGAACUUUCCAGUUGAAAUUUCUCUUACCAAACAAAAAAACAAAGUGAAAAAGCGCAGCUUGAAAGCCAAAGACAGAGGCAGCUUCAAACCGAAGAAAGUAUCUAUGGACUUAUUGCUUAAAAAACUGGCUUCUAUUGAAGAUGGUGAAGAGUGCUAGAGUGUAUUGAUAUUGUAAGAAAAAUUUUGAUGUUCGUAAUCAUAAACUGUCUUAUGAUAGUAUUAUUUGAAAGUGAAAGUACUGUUCUACUUGGAAUGAGAAAUAUGAUAAAAAGUAUUCUACUACAAUUAUUAUUCUAAAAUUGACCUAAAAUAUUUGUAAAUCAAGUAAAUAGCUUCUUCUUUUAGAGUAUAAUAAAAAACCGGUUUUGUUUGUUGUA